UACGGGGUUCACUCGAGCAAAUGCACGGAAAGCGGCAGCCAUUCCAGAAUAGGAUUAAGGAAGCAUUUGGCGUUUAUUGGGAAAGAAAAUUUCUUUGUUCUCGCGUUUAAACUUAUUUACGACGCCUGAAAUCAGCAUUCUCCUUAUGAGAUCCGCCGUUUUUUCAUAGUAAGUUCGGAUCUUAGGCAAGUCAGUGUGUGUUAGGUGUCAAGAUCAGGUAUCCGCGUCAUCAGUGGACUUUUAUACAAUGACACGGUGCAGUUGACUCCUUUUCCACUUCUCCAUUUUAUUGUCCUUCGCUGAUGGACUGUUUGCUGCUUGGUCGUCUUUAUUCUCAUCGACUUCUUAUCUUUCAUCGUACAUUUUAACUGAGGGUGAAGAAGGAAGAAAUUUCUGAAGUAUCUAAAGCCGAAGAUCUCUUCGAAUAACAAUCGAAAAUGAGCGUGAUAAUCAGGCUACAGAAUUUGGCAUGGUCCGCCAACGCUUUGGACAUUCGCCAAUUUUUCAGAGGCUUGAGCAUACCGGAAGGAGGGGUGCACAUUGUCGGUGGUGAGCUGGGAGAUGCAUUUAUAGCGUUCAGCACCGACGAGGACGCCCGGCAGGCGAUGAUGCACGAUGGCGGCAAGAUCAAGGAGAUGAAGAUCAAGCUGCUGCUAAGUUCCCGUACAGAGAUGCAGAAAGUGAUAGAGGCUGCCAGACAACAGACUCUGAGCCUUCAGUCGUUCAUGCAGUCGACACCUGUCGCGGUUCCUCCGGUUGUUCAGAAGCCAGGAUCUCCCACCGACAGGCGAGAAAAGGAGAAGGACAACGACAGCGAGUCGAGCAAAGAUCGCAAGGAUAGGCGGGACAGAUCGCGAUCCAGGGACAGAUCACGAUCCCGUGAUCGCGAUAGGGAUAGAGAUAGGCGAGACAGAGACAGAGGUCGGGAUCGUAGACGUCGAGACAGAAGCAGAUCGCGAGACAGAGAGCGCGAUAGGAGAGACAGGCGUCGUCGUCGCGAUCGAUCCAGGUCUCGUGAUCGUACACGAUCCAGGGACAGAGACGCUAAGCGUAACUCGACCGGUGAACGUCGUAAAGACGCCACCGACGAUGAUAAUAACGACGUCGUUUGCGUGGGUCAGUUCCACAAGGACAAACCUGUGCCUGGCGCGAAGAAACCGCUGGAGAAUGGCAUAUGGGAGGUCCCACCUCAGACUCAGAUGCAAGCCGCCAUGCUGGCCCCUGGAAUUCUGGGCGCUGGCGUGGCUGCUUUGUCGCAGGAUGGCGAGCAACGAUCCAUGAUGAUCAGUAGUCCCGUGAUGGGACAUCCGUCGCUGCUUCAACAGAGCCAGUUCCCCAUAAACGGGAUAAACAGCGUUGGAUUGAUGCAAUCGCACGUGCAGACACUUGGGCAUACCGUAGGCAUGAAUUCCUUGUCUCAGAACAUAGGAAACUCGAGUCUGCCGAAUUUAACCAGCGGAGUGGCCUCGCUGAACCGAUCCAAGGAGCCUUGGAAUCAGAAUGAACAGAGUAGAAUGGAUCAGGUCAGGUUUCCUGGUAGAUCCGGUCAGUUCGGGACCGAUAUAUACGGUUCAAAUGGUUCCAUAAACUACAGACCUGGAAUUCGACCCAACAAUCCCUUCCUGAGUAAAGUGCAAGAGUUGGAGGGCCGUCGCAAUCCGCACGCGUUUCAAGCGAACAGUUCUCAGUUCAAUUUCGACAACGACAGGCAGUCGAGCCGCAGCACGACUAGCAAUUCGAGAUUCUCCAGCGACAGCAAGAGCAGCAGCGGUAGCGGACACUGCGUGGAAGUCCGUAACAUGCCUCUGAGCGCCACGUACAACGAUGUACGCCACGCUUUUCAAGGCAUCUAUAUCAGGAAAGAUGGACUGAAGCUGAUCAACGAUAAUCACGGGAACCGUGUCGGUAUCGCUUACGUUAAGUUCAGUAAGGCUGAAGGUAAAGAACUCGCGCUAAACACGCCAAGAUACGUCAGAGGAUCCGAAGUGGAGGUACUCCACCUAGAGGAGAGCCUCUUUGACAAAGCCGUAGACUCUUAUUCGCCUGAAAAAGAGAGAGACCGAGGGGAGGAUGGAGUCGAAGACGUAAGAACCUCCACCUGUAUUCUGCUAACCGACCUGCCGUCCUUUACCAAAGAAAUGGACAUCGCAAAGCUCUUCCACGACUGGAAGAUCAACGAUCUCUUCAUCACCAGUAGCAAAGAGUCCGGCAGCACUCAAUACAUGGCCUACGUGCAGUUCGCCAGAAUAGAAGACGCGAAAGCGUCCGUCAGCACCUCGUUAAAAAUCGGCAGUAAACCUGUAACGGCGACAGCGAUCACCGAAGAGAAGUUUGCUCAAGCGAAACGCGAACACGAGCAGAGCAGCCUGAACCAGACAGCCAGCUCUGACUGCGUGAUUAUGCGGGGUCUUCCCUUCCAGACGAUCGACCGUGACAUCCUGGACUUCUUCUCAGACAUCGGGAUCGUUCCCCACCGGAUACACAUGUUGCUCAAUCAGAGUGGUAAACCUGCGGGCGAGUGUUUCUGCGAGUUCGACACGACGGACGAGGCUCUCAGAGCUACGGCAAAGAACGGUUUACCUUUUGGUAAGAACGUACCAACUAUAGAACUGGUCCCACGAGCAAAGAUGCUCGAGACCCUCGGCAUGGUGGAUCCUCAAGUUAUGGAGACGCAACAACAGCACUUCCCUCCGCUUCAAGAACAGCGACCAAGAUUCUCAGGACCCAUGAAUCAUCUGCCUCGUUUUGGUAACUCUGCAUUCGGACCCAGGUGUCCCCCGGGUCUGAUGGGUAUACCGAGACAUUUGCUGGGUCGACACCCAGGUUCCAUGGACUAUGUGGAAGGUUUUGGCAAACCUGGCUGUGUCCUGUCCCUAGAGAAUGUUCCGUUCAAAGCUGACAUCAAUGAGAUUAUAGAAUUCUUUGGAGAUUUUGAUGUGAAAAGGGAGAAUGUUAUUCGUCGUUAUAACGAGAGGGGUAUGCCCACUGGUGACGCCAGGGUAGCGUUCGCAUCGCCCAGUGAGGCACAGAGGGCCCUGAGGGAAUUGAAGCAUUGUAAAAUGAGGGACCGCACGAUAUACAUGAAACUUGCGUGAACACUUGCACCAACUACCAGGUCAGGUGAAUGACUGCCUGAGGAUCGUCGAGACAGUUCUGAGUCACUCUCAAUGUGACCAAGGAAACAGGCCCGCGUGAUCGAUGGAUCAUGUAGGUCAAUGACACUCAUCGAUGAUGUGUUUUGUAAGGGAACAAUCAUAUGUAGAAGCUGCGUUACAAUCAAAAAGGAAAACAAAGGAAUGAACGCAUGCGAAAAAGAGAAUGGUUCUUUCGUCCACAGUGUAUUAUAUUCGUUUCUUGAAAUGUUUGUCAUUCAUUUGCAACCUUUAUUUUUCUUUUUGUACAUAGAGGACAGUGUAGCUUUUUAACAAGAUUGUUCUUGUUUCUUAGACGACUUGGCGGUCGUUCUUAGGACGUUAGCACAAUUAUUAAGGAAUGUUUCGUUUGAAAAAAAGAAAUGCUCGUUUUUCAAGAGAUUUAGUGACAAACAAUGCAGAUCUCCUUUCUGAAAUAGUGGAAUUCGUUUUGUUCUUUUUUAUUAUUCUGAUCAAAUACGUAAUCGUAUCUCGACUGUUUAAUUUCAUUAUCAUAUUAAUGGGAUGAUCUUCUGUGUCAUCGAGAACAGCAUUGUUGUAUUUCCAUAUCCAUUAAUUAGUGAUUAAGGUCUGUAAAUAUAAUUGUAAAAGCAUCUUCAACUACGUUAAAGCUAACUAGGAAUCACUUUCGUUCUUCACAUAAUUACUUGAAUAUUCUAAAGAAAUCGCAAUAAAGAGUACAAUAAAAGACUUGUUCGUCACGAUUUGAGCAAUUUUAUCAUUCGAUGCUCAUUUGAUCUUAUUCCUGACGAAAGUGUAUUGUCGAAAAGGCGGAACUGAGAGAAAGACAUACGAGGAUGUUCAUUCUUGUCGCAAAUAAAACAUUUCGUAACAAUAAUACAAUGUAAGCGAUACACGUAUGUAUACAACAGUACAAAGAUCGAGUAUCAAUAGAAAAUUUUGCUCUACAUACGAUUUAAAAUCGCUUCUGAACAAAUGGUUCAUCAAGACUAAGUCGUAUUUUCUACCAACAAUUAUGUAUGUACAUUACAUAUACUACGUUAUAUCGAAUUGUAUAUAAACUAUAUAUAUAUAUAUAUAUAUAUAUAAAAAUGAUAAAUACAAUACAAUCUGCAUAGAUGUAAAAUAUUUAUACGGCGAAUUUAGCGAUGAAGUUUAGGUGUACUUAAUUGUUCAUUUUGCCGUAUUCUUUCUGUUCAGUAUAAGCACUUGAAGACUUCAAUAAAUUUAUAUUUACAACGAUGAA